AUUUACCGGUCAGUUACCGGUUCUCAGUUAAGAAACAAAAACGUCCAUGAUGACAAGCAACUAGUUUACCGAAUCAACGAGUUUAAUAAAUAUAUAAAGUGUUACGGGCAUAGUAUUUAACAACUACGAUACAUCAUGUCUAACAUCGUCUUACGAAUUCAAUCUGCUGAGGGAGUUAAAAGAGUCAAUUGUAAGACAUCCGACAAAGUUACUAGGCUAUUUGAGAAACUUCAAGAGUUAUUUAAUAUAAAAGAAGAGUUCAACCUUUACAAAGAUAGAAAGAAGUCUGAAAAAAUUAUCCGAUCUGAAAAAAGAAGUUUACAAUCUUAUGGAUUAGUACAUGGGGAUAUUUUGUUGAUUGAAUGGGACGAAAAACAGCAACAGCAAGAUAGUUGUAUUAAUGGUACAAAUCAAGUCAAAUAUAACGCAGAAAAAAGUGUUCCCCCCUUUAAGGAAGAUGACGUAGAUUUAGAAUUAGAAAAAGAAGAUGGUAGAACGUUCAGAGCAAGGAAUGAGCAACUCUGCAGACACGGACCUACUGGAAAGUGUGUUCAUUGCGUACCAUUGGAGCCCUUUGAUGAGGAAUACUUACGAAAUGCUGAUCCUCCAAUUAAGUUUUUGUCUUUUCAUUCAUACCUGAGGAAAUUACGAUCCGGUGUUGAUAAGGGGAAAUUUGUCAUGUUAGAAAACAUAAGCUGCAAAAUUAAACCAGGAUGUUUGGAACAUCCUCCUUGGCCUGGUGGUAUAUGCACAAAAUGUCAGCCUAACGCUGUCACUCUAAAUAGACAGAGUUAUCGGCACGUAGAUUAUGUGCAGUUUGAGAAUCCCCAAAUAAUGGAUAGGUUCUUAGAUUUUUGGAGAAAGAGUGGUAAUCAAAGAAUUGGAUACUUGUACGGAAGAUACGAACAACACAAGGAUGUUCCUCUAGGAAUAAAAGCUGUCGUUUGCGCUAUAUACGAACCAGCUCAAAUAUCCUCAAAACAAAGCGUUAAAUUGAAUAUGUCGGAUCCGCUGGAAUCCACUGUUGAAGACAUCGCAGGUCGUUUAGGGUUACAGAGAGUAGGAUGGAUAUUUACCGAUUUAUCUGCUAAAGAUUUACAAAUGGGAACAGUAGAGCAUCAUCGGGGAACAAUUGAUUCAUUCUUUCUCUCCGCUCAGGAAUGUAUGUUGGCUGCGACUUUCCAAAAUGCGCAUCCGAAUAAAUGUAGAUAUGCCAGAGAUACAUUUUUUGGUUCGAAAUUUGUUACUGUCGUAGUAACAGGUGACGCAGAUAAUCAAAUUCAUUUUGAAGGAUAUCAAGUCUCGAAUCAAUGUAUGGCUUUAGUAAGAGAUGGAUGCUUUAUACCAACAAUAGACGCCCCAGAAUUAGGUUAUGUAAAAGAAUCGUCUAACGAACAAUAUGUACCAGAUGUAUUUUACAAGCUCAAAGAUUCUUUUGGUAAUGAGGUCACCUCUUUAGCUCGGCCCCUUCCUGUCGAAUAUCUACUAGUCGAUUUGCAAGUUGCCUUCCCUCUAGAACCUUCUUAUACGUUGAAUGGUGGCAGAGAUACUUUCCCUGUUGCAAACCGACAGAGCAUUGGGGCUUCUCAAGAUUUUAAUACUUUAUCAUCAUACCUGGACAAAUAUCCAGCAGAGCGACUUUUUGACGCUUUGAAUGAUUUACACCUUUUGGUAUAUUUGUCGACUUGUGAUAUGAUACCAUUAAAAGGUGCAGUUGAAGAACUAAGUGCCAUUCUCAAAGAAAGAGAUAUGGAUAGAUUAGGAUCUUGGCUUGCGAGAGAAGAAUGGCAAACCGUCGAAACAUUGAGGACGGCCCAAGCUCCAACUCCUGUACCGAAUCAAAAUUACGUCGGUCCAAAUGCACAGCCUCUUCCACCAAUACGAUCACCCCAGCCAGAUGAUCAAUGGGCCUGUACUCAUUGCACUUUUCAUAAUACGAUAGGAAAAGAAGCCUGUGAAAUGUGUGGACUUCCUAAACAAUAA